CAUGGGGCCCCCAGCAAUAGGGGAUCAUGGGGCCCCUGUGUCCUCGCCCACACUCAAAGCACACCCAAAAAAACCUAUGAAAGGAACCAGGGGCAUCUCAUGGGGCCCCCUACUGACCCCGGGCCCUCGGGCAGUGCCCGAAUGUGCCCGAAUGGUCAGUCCACUCCUGCCAGGGAUGGACUGACAACUCAUGGGGCCCCCAGCAAUAGGGGAUCAUGGGGCCCCUGUGUCUUCGCCCACACAAAAAUGCCUAUGAAAGGUACCAGGGGCAUCUCAUGGGGCCCCCUACUGACCCCGGGCCCUCUUGGGCUCAGGGUUUGACAUGCAUGACAGAGAUGAGACA